AUGCUUGGAGUGAAGAGGAUUGAACGUGUGCUGCCAGUUGGUACUCCUUUGACUGUUGUUGGCGAGGCUGUUAAAGAUGACAUUGGAACAGUUCGGAUCCAGCGACCGCACAAAGGCCCGUUUUAUAUCUCUCCUAAAACUAUUGACCAGCUCAUUGCAAAUCUUGGGAGAUGGGCAAGGUGGUACAAGUACGCUUCAGUGGGGUUUACUGCUGUCGGUGUAUAUCUACUUGUGAAGCAUACUUUUCAUUAUGUGAUGGAAAGAAAGCGUCAUUGGGAGUUGCGCAGGAGAGUUCUUGCUGCUGCUGCUAAAAGAGCAGGACAUGAGGAUGAAGGUUCUAAUGCUACAUCUGAGAAUGGAGUGGAUAAUAAAAAGGACCUCUUGAUGCCAGAUCUAUGUGUUAUAUGUCUGGAGCAGGAAUACAACUCAGUUUUUGUCCCGUGUGGUCAUAUGUGCAGUUGCAUGACCUGCUCUUCACACUUGACAAACUGCCCACUUUGUAGAAGACGGAUCGAGCAGGUUGUGAAGACUUUUCGUCAUUGAUCUGCACUUUUUGUCAUAGCCUUAGGUAACAGCACACAUGGAUGUGCAGAAAGCAGAAAGCUGAUUCUCCUGCUGCCCCGUAUAUCAUUUUCUUGCUCACUAAACUAAAUUUCUGGUUCUAAUAGCUCAUGCAAAGGCUUAUAGAAGUGUUAGCCCUUUUUUGAAACUCGGAUUAAUAUCUGUGGAUAGUAUUGAGAGCUGGAAUUUGUCAUAGAUUGAAGAGUUUUUUUAUGCCA